AAUGCGUUCUUAUCCCAGGAAUGCGUUCUUAUCCGACAAUACAGCCACCCGCGGCGAGGCUUUGGUUUUUAACCAAUCAGCUUGCAGCAGUACUGAUCAGGCACGGAUCCCUGUACUAGCGAGCAGACCACGAGCAGUUGCGUUAUUUUUCGUUGUCUGUUCUGGCAAUCGGCCGGCGGAUGAACAUCCGCAAUCGAAUCUUGAAAUCCGUCGCGCUGAUUGGUGAUGAGUUUCAUGAGCUACUUUCAUGAGGUCUAUGAAAGUAAACCUAUGCUAUGCCCUGAACAGAUGACAUCUCGUUUGGUAGCCAAUUGCUAAAAUGUAUUUUUAUCUUACGCAAGGCAGUAUAUCAUUUAUACCGUGGCUCUGAUCCGAAAUCAGGGCAUUUUUGUUCGAACAAAUACCUAUAAUAACGAUGAAGAAGUGCGUGAUCCGCGGAGCAAACGACCUACGUCGGGUCGGGACUGAUAUGCGUGUGACUGUGCACAAGUUCCCGCUAAAAAAGAAGUACAGAGAAAAGUGGAUGAGGGUGUGUGGCAUGACCAAUGAGCCAAGACCACAUGACCACUUAAACUUAACAAGAAGUGCGCACCAUGAUAAGCACAGUCAAAAACGUUUGCGUCUAAAGAACAGUGCUGUGCUGGAUCAGAAUAUUCCGUAUACGCCUUGGGUUGCUGUCGCUGCUCGGUCACCCACAGAUGAAAGUGAUGAAGAAAUGGACAUCACUCAGGUGUGGGAUCACUCGUGGAAGUUCACGGCGGAUACGGAGCCGUGCAUGCAGCUCUGGUUCGAUCCUGCUCAGGGAAGCCCCAAUGACGCCGUGGCGCGCAUCUGGGCUGAGCGGGUGGUGGCGGCCGGUGCGCGGGCGCUGCCGCGUGGCUGGUGGCCGCGGCCCUGGCGGCAGCGGCCCGCUCCUGACCCGGUCGCCCUGUGCCGAGCACAGAGCGCCGACUGAGGUCAGUCUUGUGAUCGAGCUUCCGCGCCGGAGGUGGAACAGGUGGAGCUGGCGGUCACCUGCGCGGGCUCGGCGGCCUGUAAGCCGUGCCGAGACGAACCGCGACACUCUUGCUAGAUCUGCACCCCAUUGUAAUCUUCUGUAGUCGAUAUUCGGUAGGUACUCAAUGCUCAUUUUUCUGAUAUUAGACGAGUGGCGUGUCUUGAUGUUACAUUGGAGACUGCUGUCUCGGGUGGCCCGACAGUGUUCGAUUGUGGUGUAAUGUAGAUACAUAGACGGGAUGCCGCGGCUCGGAUUCGUAGCUGGACUACCAUGUGCCUGUCGAUUGAGAUGCUUUGCCUGGCGAUUGAGAUGAUUCGGGGCGCGGCCCCACACUGACGCCAUGGUGCAAUGAGUGACUGGCGACAACUAAGCAAUUAUGUACUUUUGUA